ACAUAAAAACCUAUAUUAACGCCAGUAUUCCCGAACAGAAAUCUCACUCCGGAACGUAACACUAUUUUUUUAUCCGACCGAAAUAUUCCUAUAAAAGCGCUAUGUCAACUAUCACACUCAGUUGUUUGGUUGUGGGUGAAAACCCUUAUGAAAAUGCUUUCGAAGUUGAUAUUGAAAUAAACAAGUCUAUUAGCAAACUCAAAGACGCUAUCAAGGAGAAAAAAGCACCCGAGUUCGAUAAUUUCGCUACAGAUAAACUCAAGUUAUGGAAGGUCGACAUUUCCUUCGAAGAAGAAAACAAGAAGCUUGAGCUCGUCAACACAAAAAUAAAUGUUAAUAUCAAGGACGAGCUUGGUGGUGAGGAACUUCCACCUCUUUCGAAGAUUAGCAAACACUUUCCCUCUCAGCCAGCCGACGAACACAUACAUAUAAUCGUACAGCGUCCUGUUGAGACGAAAGAAGUUCACUGCACCGCAACGUAUGGGC